AUGUGUGGAAUAAGGCCAGACCUUAAGACUUACACCAUUCUUGUGGAUUCUCUCUAUCUUUUAGGAAAAGUUGAUGAUGCUCUGUGUUACUUUGAGGAACUAAAGCAGAGUGGUCUUAGUCUUAAUAUAGUUUGUUAUAAACUUUUGAUUAAUGCACUUGGAAGAUCACUGAGGGUAGAAGAAGCUUUAUCACUCUACAAUGAAAUGCUGAGCAGAGGAAUUUGUCCUGAUCGUUACACAUACAACUCACUAAUACUCAGUCUUGGGAUUGCGGGAAUGGUGGAGCAAGCAGUUUGUUUGUAUGAAGAACUACAGCUUAAGGGUUUUGAAGCUGAUGUUUUCACCUACAAUGCUCUCAUUCGAGCCUACAUCACGUCAGGGAAUACAGAUCAUGCUUUUGCAGUUUACAAGAAAAUGAUAGUUGUUGGCUGCGGCCCGAAUGUGGGAACAGUCAAUGGAGAGAUCCAAGAGUUGGAAGUCUUCCGUCUGCUGAGUUUAUCUGAGAGAGUUGUGGCUAUGUCAUUGGACAAUGACUAUUUCUCAAGACAUGGUGGCUGGGGAUUGCCUUUAAUGGUGGUUGGCGAGUAG